CGCACACAGCGGAGCGCGCAGCGGAGGACGGGGAAGAUCAUCCCGAGUGCUCCCGCAUGCUGGGGAAAUCGAGUCUAUGUGGCCGCUUCCGGGUCACCCGGCGCCGACACCGCGAGUCACGUGAUAUCAAGAUGGCGGCGCCGAUGUAGCUGGAUUUUGGUUGUGGCGUCCAAGCAGCCGCGACGAGUUUUGUCUCGGGUUGUCGGGGCAGCAACGCUCAGUUGGCCUCUGCGGCGGUUUGCAGCCCCAUGUUAGGCACCACUUCAGGGCCGAGGCUGUUGCUGUCACCGGUCGGUUCGGAGAAGUUCCGGUGACCUCGCUGCAGGUGCUGUGCGCCGGCUAUCCUCACCAGGGGAGGAGGAGGAGAAGGGCGGCCGGCCUCCCCGGUCUUCUGGACCUGCGGAGUUCAUGAAGCCUGGAGAGCCCUGUGGGAGACACACCUUUGAGGGGCUGCGGGAGUUUGCGUUUGCGGAAGUGUGAGAGGCAGCCAAGUACCCCUAAAGGCGCAAAGAAGACAGCAAAGGACUUUGCUUCCUCCUCCGAAGUCUUGGCUUCCCUGUGUUGAUAACCCCAGCUUUCUUUUUUCACUUUCUUUCAAUGUUCUCUCCGUAUAUCUGGAAAUAAUGAUCAGCGCCCCUGACGUGGUGGCCUUCACCAAAAAGGAUGAGUACGAGGAGGAACCUUACAAUCAGCCGGCCCUGCCUGAAGAGUACUCGGUGCCGCUCUUCCCCUUUGCAAGCCAAGGAGCUAACCCAUGGUCCAAAUUGUCCGGAGCCAAGUUCUCUCGGGAUUUCAUCCUUAUUUCCGAGUUCUCGGAGCAGGUGGGACCCCAACCCUUGCUGACCAUCCCCAAUGACACCAAAGUUUUCGGUACUUUUGAUCUCAAUUACUUCUCCUUGCGGAUAAUGUCUGUGGAUUACCAGGCUUCUUUCGUGGGCCAUCCCCCUGGUUCUGCUUAUCCCAAGCUGAACUUUGUGGAGGAUUCCAAGGUGGUACUGGGAGACUCCAAAGAGGGAGCCUUUGCUUAUGUGCACCACCUGACCCUGUACGACCUGGAGGCCCGUGGCUUUGUGAGGCCCUUUUGCAUGGCUUAUAUCUCAGCAGACCAGCACAAAAUCAUGCAGCAGUUCCAGGAGCUUUCAGCCGAAUUUUCCAAAGCUUCUGAGUACUUGAAGACAGGCAACAGGAAGGCCUUUGCUGUGGAACUUGAAAAAAAACUGAAAGACUUGGAUUACACCAGGACCGUGCUGCACACUGAAACGGAGAUCCAGAAGAAAGCCAAUGACAAAGGCUUUUACUCAUCUCAAGCAAUUGAGAAAGCCAAUGAAUUGGCUAGUGUAGAGAAGUGUAUCAUUGAACAUCAAGACCUGUUGAAGCAGAUCCAGUCAUACCCUCACCGGAAGUUGAAGGGGUCUGAUGUGUGUUCUGGGGAGAUGGAGCAUACUCAGGAUCAGCCUGACCAGGCAGGCACUACUAACCCUGAUGAAUGUGCUGACACAGACCUUUACACCUGCAGACCUGCCUACACCCCAAAACUCAUCAAAGCAAAGUCCACCAAGUGCUUUGACAAGAAAUUGAAGACCUUGGAAGAGCUCUGUGACACUGAAUAUUUCACCAAGACUCUGGCUCAGCUCAGCCACAUUGAGCACAUGUUCAGAGGAGACCUGUGCUAUCUCCUGACUAGCCAGAUUGACAGAACACUACUAAAGCAACAGAGCAUAACAAACUUCCUCUUUGAAGACUUUGUGGAUGUCUAUGACAGGGUGGUAGAGACACAAGAAAGCAUACCAUCUAAGCCCAGUCAAGACAGGCCGCCUUCCAGAUCUCUACAAGAAUGCCAAGUUCCUCAAGUGUUAAUUAGUUUUGGCUCUUACAAGUCCAGUGUGGAGUCUGUGCUGAUCAAGAUGGAGCAGGAAGUCGGAGAUGAGGACUACAAGGAAGUGGAGACAACACAGUUGAACAGUUUUGACCUCCAGGAAAAUUUGGGCUACCUGGAUAUAGAUAUGAAAGGCAGUAUCAGCAGUGGUGAAAGCAUUGAGGUUCUAGGCACGGAGAAGUCUACUUCUGUGCUGUUUAAGUCUGACAGCCAGGCUAAUCUCAUGGUGCCACUGAGCCCCCAGGUGAUCCGGAGCAAAGCAGUCAGCCACAGGACCAUCAGUGAGGACAGCAUUGAAGUCCUCAGCACCUGCCCCUCUGAGGCCCUCAUCCCUGAUGAGUUUAAGGCCAGCUACCCAAGUGCUAUUAAUGAAGAAGAAUCAUAUGCAGAUGAUAGUGAGGGAGCCAUCCACUUCCGGCCAAGCAUCAGCCCAGUUGAGCUGGGUGAGCCAGAGGAGGGCAGCUUAGAAAACACCUCGUCCCAGGCGGACUCCUGCUGCAUUGGGAAGGAGAGUGAUAGUCUGCUGGUGCCACUCUCUACUCCAGUCCACAUACUCUCUGAUGAGGAUGGAGUAGUGAGCAUCCCCCCACAGCGCUACAGGCAGAAGGACCAGGGAUUCCACAUAGACUUUGCAGUGGAAAAUGCCAACCCUUCUUCCCGAGACAACAGUUCUGAAGGUUUCCCUGCUUAUGAGCUGGACCCAAGCCACCUACUGGCUAGCCGGGACAUCAGUAAGACCAGCCUGGACAACUACUCAGACACUACCAGCUAUGUGAGCAGUGUAGCCUCCACCAGUUUGGACAGGACUCCCUCUGCUCAUCUCACUGGCCCCUCUUCUGAGAGGCAUAAAAAGAGGGCUGGGCAGAAUGCCUUAAGAUUCAUCCGCCAGUACCCCUUUGCCCACCCAGCCAUCUACUCCCUGCUCAGUGGGAGGACGCUUGUGGUCCUGGGGGAGGACGAGGCCAUAGUCAGGAAGCUUGUGACAGCAUUGUCCAUCUUCGUGCCCAACUACAGCCGCUAUGCCAAACCUGUGAAGCACUGGGUUUCCUCCCCUCUGCACAUCACGGAUUUUCAGAAGUGGAAGCUAAUUGGCCUGCAGAGAGUGGCAUCCCCUGCCAGCACCCUUCACGUUCUGAGCCGUUACAGCCGCUACACAAGCAUUCUGGACCUGGACAACAAAACCCUGCACUGCCCCCUUUACAGAGGCACCCUUGUGCCCCGGCUGGCAGACCACCGUACUCAAAUCAAGAGGGGCAGCACCUACUACCUGCAUGUCCAGAGCAUGCUCACCCAGCUCUGCUCCAAGGCUUUCCUCUACACCUUCUGCCAUCACCUGCACCUGCCUGCCCACAACAAGGAGAUAGAGGAGUUGGUUGCUAGCCGGCAGGCAAGCUUUUUGAAGCUGAAUCUGGGUCUAGUGAAUGAAGAUGUCAAGGUGGUCAAGUACCUGGCUGAGCUGCUGAAACUGUACUAUAUGCAGGAGUCUCCUGGGAUCACCCAUCCCAUGCUUAGGUUUGACUAUGUCCCCAGUUUUUUGCACAAAAUCUGAGGUCAGUCCCAGCCACUGUGACCAAGACCUGUGACUUGGCACAGGGAAGGGAAAGGUUGGCAUGACCAAGCAGUCCUCUGAGCUUUGUAGAUUUAUGGUAUCAUAGGUGGGAAGGAAACCAGUGUGGCAGCUAUGGUUCCCAGGUGGCUCCAGGCACCCUGCCAGCUGGACUUGGACAGAGGGAGAGCCUGGCUUUCUCUGAAGGUGUCUGGAAGGACAAUAACAGCUCUUGUCUCCUCGUUAAGGAGUGAUCCUAGGACUGAGGACUGGUAGCCAGGGCAGAGGGAAGCCUCAGUGGGAUGGGAUGAGAGGAAGGAAGAUGAAGCCCUAAUGGGAAGAAAAUGGUGGCCACUUUCAUCUCUGCUUAACACUUGAGUAGCAAAAUCAAGUGAAGCAGCCUGUUUCACUGGAAUGAUUUGGUGGAAAAUAGGAUGAUAGAACAUCCAUUGCCUCAUUCAGACUGCAGCUGAAUGGUCUCCUGGAGUCCAUCACGCCAGGAGAGGCCCUGGGAUGAAUGAGGAGAAGGGAGAGAGCUCUGCCCCAGCUGCGCAGUGGGAAGUGUACACCCUCCAGACCCCAGUGCUGCGGCAGGGGUGAGUAGCACCCCGUCCCCACCCUCACUCCCUUACCUUGGAAACUGUUCCCGCAGGUCAGCAGGAGAGAUCAUUGUAGUCACUAGUUGUCAGUGAGCACUGCUCUUGGAGGCAGAGAGCCCAGGAGACAGGCAGGGCCAAGGUGCCAUGAGGCCAUCACCACUGUGCAAGCGAUGAAGAAGAGCCAGCAGGUCCACUUUUUUUGGCCAGAGUGAGUUAGCACUGUCUACUUACCCAAAGCAAACCUUUGCAACCACUUCACUACCUCUUGCAGGUCUCACAGGCACAGUGACAGCAGACUCGUGUUCAGCUGGCUGCAUGGGCAGGCAGUCCGGGCGGUAAUAACUCAUGGAGGGGAUUUCCUCCAGGAAUGAGGAAAACGUUCUUGUGUGGCUGUCCUUAUGGAUCUGCUUGAAGAGGUCACACAGGCCUGGAGUACGGGCACCACACAGCAGCUCACUCAUCACCACAGAGUCCCCCCAAGUAUGCUCACCUCACUGCAGCUCAUUUCCAUCAUCAUGAGACUCUCCACACCUUCUCAGGAGAUGUUCCCAUGUAUUCCCUACCAUGACCUCCCUGAGCUUCUUAUACAAUGGCCACUGACCUGUAGAUUGGAGGGUUUAUUGAAACCCAGAAAUGUUAUGCUUUUUUUUUUUAAGCAGUUUUUUCCUAAGUAGGGAGAACUCUUGAUAUUACUGCUUUUUAAGUUAUCCCCAGAAAGUUGUGAUAAAACAGACCUGAGCCAGCAACAAGUGGUACUCCUGAGCACACAUGUGCAUAUCUACUGGGGUCGUGCUCUGUGUGGUUGGGGCCCUGUUGUUGAGACCUGGUCUACCUGUCAGCUUUGUAGCACACCAUUAAAGUCACAGAGACCCCUGGUGACUAAGGAGGGUUUGCCUCACAUCACUCCUUUGGUCCAUUCUCUGCAGAAUGAUAGGACCUUGUUGACUCCCACCCAUCAGCUGCUGGUCAGGGUCCCCAAUCCUGUCAUGGCAGGGAUUUCCUCCAGGAAGGAGGUAAGCCUUGUGUGGCUUUCUUUGUGGACAUGGUUUUUGCUUCUAUGGCAAAUGGUGCUGCUUACAUCUCAUCGUUUUCCCUUGUACCUCUGUCCAUUACAUGUUCUCACACAGACGACUCUCCUGGAAUGUCUUGGCAGCUUUGAGAUGUGAAGUGUGGUGGCUGUGGAGAAGGCUGUGUAGAAAGCCUGUUUCUCUCCGUGAGCCCCUCCCUCGUGUUCAAGAUGCUACUUUAUUUUCUGUGUGGCUAAUUGCUGCCUACUUAGGCCUCCAGGGACAUGAGUUUGUGACAUUUUAUGUCCAAGGGAAGAAAGUUCUGUGGAGCCCCAAUGACAAGAUGAAAAGUGGUCAUUGGCACCACCCUUGCUGUUCCUGUGUUUCACACUGAUGUGGACUCUGCAGUUAACACUUCUCACUGGGGAAGCUGAUACCAGCAGGUCAGCCAGACCUGGCCUUCUAGAAGUGAAGGCCACAUACUGCCAUAGAUGUCUGCUUUGGAGGGUGUUCACUCAGAAGCUCUGCCUUCAGGAUGCUUUUGAAAGCUUGAGAGCUCUUAAGGUGAGACCAGUCUAGUAUAAAGAGAACAGACUGUCUGCACGACCAGCCACAGAGAGAGCGCAAACCAAGAGCAUCUCGCUGGAGUUGUUUUCUUUCUUUUUUUGAACAUACAGAUACUUGAUAGCUCACCUUUUUCACACAAAGCACACCUGCUGCCAUUUUCUUUCAGAGUUGUUUCUUCAUGAAGAAGGCAGGUUGACCUCACUGACUAGUGGGUGAAUUCCAGGAUUUAAAUUUUGAUUAAAAAUCUGACUUUUCACUGUGGCAGUUUCAAAGGAUUGCCUGAUGCCAAGUAUGUUUCUUCUCAAAGUGGCACUUGGACUGAGCCAGUUUGGGCUAAGGCAGCUGAGCCCGUGAAGCUGAUCCUCCUCAACCCCCUGCCCCCACUUUGGAGAACUAGGACCUACUAGAAGUCUCAGAUGCAUCUGUAAAUUUUAAUGGUGGGGAGCCGUAUGUAAUGGGCUACUCUCUUCUUCAAGAAUUUUCAUUUGAGGUUUUCCUCUAGUUACAGAUUAGUAAGUGUUAAUAAAACAUUAAAAAACUUUCCAGAAAGUAAAGGAUAUCAGUGCCCCUUAUUAUUUCUUAGUCCUGUGAAGGCCCAGGCACUGAAACUGUGAGGUUUCUUUACUUCCUCCCUUCCUCCCAGGGAUUACU